UCUCAGGUUCACUUCCGGUUUAAGCAUCUAGCUGGUAGCAACUGAUCGACGUGUGAGGUUAUUUGUUGAAAUAAACGAAUAACAACCACAAUUACUUUCCAGAAAUGGAUAUACUGAAGGCUGAGAUCGCAAGGAAAAGGAAACUUCUGGAAGAAAAACAGCUUGUUGACGAUUCAAAGAAAUUCUUCAAAAGGGCCGAUCUUGCACGAAAAGAACAAGAAGAUUACUUCAAAAGAUGUGGAUAUAAGAUUGAUAAAGAAGAAGAUGAUGAGCCAUCCACCUCAGCUAACCCAGUGUUAGAACUGGAACUGACAGAAGAGAAGCUGCCAAUGACACUGUCACGACAGGAAGUAAUAAGACGGCUUAGAGAACGUGGGGAACCAAUCCGACUGUUUGGAGAGUCUGACUACGAUGCCUUCCAAAGACUCAGGAAGAUUGAGAUUCUGGCCCCGGAAGUAAACAAGGGGUUGAGGAAUGACCUGAAAGCAGCCAUGGACAAGAUUGACCAACAGUAUCUGAACGAGAUUGUUGGAGGAACAGAGUCGGGAGAAUUGGACACACAGCACGACCUGAAAGUGCAUGAAGAAAACACAACUAUAGAAGAACUGGAGGCUCUUGGUAAAACCUUGGGCACAGGAGAUGAUGAUGGAGACCAGGACGUUAUUCACAAGGUUUUGAGGUUUCUUCUUGGCGUUUGGGCUAAAGAUCUAAACAGCCGAGAAGACCACGUGAAGCGAGGUGUUCAGGGAAAGUUGGCCAGUGCAACCCACUCACAGACUGAGUCUUACCUCAAACCUCUCUUCAGGAAGCUCAAAAAGAAGAGUUUACCAGCUGACAUUAAAGAGUCAAUCACAGACAUCAUUAAAUUCAUGUUGGAGAGAGAAUAUGUCAAGGCAAAUGAUGCCUAUUUGCAGAUGGCCAUUGGUAAUGCUCCAUGGCCUAUCGGUGUGACAAUGGUGGGUAUCCACGCCCGUACUGGGCGAGAGAAGAUCUUCUCCAAGCAUGUGGCCCACGUUCUCAACGAUGAGACACAGAGAAAAUACAUCCAGGGACUGAAGAGGCUAAUGACUAUCUGCCAGAAACACUUUCCAACUGAUCCAUCAAAGUGUGUGGAGUACAACGCUCUUUAACUUGUAACUUUAGCUUAACUUGCGUCAAGGCUGUCAGGUCCAAUGUAUCACAGUCCAUCGUGGAUUCUGGCAUGACUGAAGUGCGAUUGUGGCAGAAAUUUUUCAGAAUGUUGUCCAUCAGUUGCCUUCAAGUCCAUUCACUUUUUGGGGAAUAACUGUUAAAAAAUACAUAAUUUCAAAGAUUUUGAGAGAGUAAGACCUGUUGUAUUCGGGAAACCAGUGCACCUGCCAUGUUAUUUAUAGCCACAAGUCUUCAGUUCUUCUCGGGAACAUGUUUGUUUAUGUACUACUGUCGUCCUGUUAUUAUUUCCUUGCGUAAGUUUUUUGUGAAGAUUUAUUUACAUGAUGUGGCAAGCAAACAGCAUUUUCCAGUGAAUAUCUAGUGGUGUAAGUUUUAUUACAUCUGAGAUAUUACAGAUAUUUUUACUUUUCUGUUAAGAAUAAAUGCAGAUUCAGUUCAGUUUGGAUGUAAUCAUAUUUUCAUCAGAUAACUAAACCAAUCAGUGUGUCCCUGUACUCUCUUAAUAAGGAAAUAAAGUGAUUGUUUUGUUUUUUAACACA